AUGGAGCCACCUCAAGACCCCAGCGGUGGCGGCGGCGGCCCUCCUCCCGUCUUCGCAGGCGGUCCUCCACAAGGUGCCCCCCAGCUGCCUCCGCAAAUGUUCACAACCGCCGCACAACUCCUGGAUCUGACGGACAAAAAACUCCUCCUCGUCCUCCGCGACGGCCGCAAACUCCACGGCGUGCUGCGCACCUGGGACCAAUUCGCCAACCUGGUCCUGACCGAGACGCGCGAGCGCUACUUCUGCACCUCACCUUCGUCUUUCUCCUCCCCCGAAUCCAGCUCCAAUGACGCUCCGCGAAAGCUAUAUUGCGAUGUGCCGCGCGGCACGUAUCUGGUGCGGGGCGAAAACGUGCUGCUGAUCGGCGAGGUGGACUUGGAUCAGGAUGACGAGCCGCCGCCGGGGUAUGAGGAGGGGGACGUGGAGGAGGUGUUUCGGCUGCAGAGGGAGGUAGAGCAGGAGCGCAAGAGGAGGGAUAAGGUUAAGGGGAGGAGGGCGGGGGAGUUGUGGGGCGGGGAGUUGGAGGGGAGCGGGGAGGUGUUGUUCUAG